CUGGCGGUGCGGAGGCGCUACAUAGGUCGUAGCGACUGCCCGCCCAUUGUAACGAGAUCAAGAUGGCGGCGUCCAGGUCGAAGGGUGGUAGUUGAGGGGGGCAGCUCCAGCGCGCAGAAAUCAUAGCCUUAAGAAUGCAGUCGGUUUGUCAGACAGUUGGUGCUUGUUCCUCAUGUUUGAAGAGACAAUUAAAUGGCUUCAUGGGAUUAAUUAAAUGGCAGAGCAGACUGGUUCCUGCUUGUGUCAGAACUAUUUACAGCGAGACGGGGAAAUGGGAAAAAAACUAUGGAUUGGAGACAAGGAAAAGAGUUGAAAAUUGGUGGCUCCCACGAAUAAAGGAACAGUUCUGCAGAAUUUCAGAAACUGAUAAAUCAAGACCAAAAUUUUAUGUGCUCUCUAUGUUCCCAUAUCCUUCUGGAAAGCUUCACAUGGGCCAUGUUCGUGUCUACACUAUCAGUGAUGCAAUAGCUCGAUUCCAGAAAAUGAGAGGGAUGCAGGUGAUAAAUCCAAUGGGGUGGGAUGCAUUCGGUUUACCAGCAGAAAAUGCUGCGGUUGAACAUGGGCUUCACCCUGCAAGCUGGACACAAAGCAAUAUCCAACACAUGAGAGAACAGUUUGAUGCGCUAGGUCUGUCUUUUACAUGGGAAAGGGAGCUGACCACUUGCUCACCAGAGUACUACAAAUGGACACAGUAUCUCUUUCUCAAGCUUUUUGAAGCUGGGAUAGUGUAUCAAAAAGAGGCCUUGGUGAAUUGGGAUCCAGUGGAUCAGACUGUUCUAGCUAAUGAGCAGGUGGAUGACAACGGUUGCUCAUGGCGUUCAGGAGCAAAAGUGGAACAGAAAUACCUCAAACAGUGGUUUAUCAAGACUACAGCUUAUGCAAAGGCUAUGUUUGAUGCUUUGUCCGACCUCCCUGAGUGGUACGGUAUAAAAGAAAUGCAAGCAAAUUGGAUAGGUGAUUGUGUUGGAUGCUUUCUUGACUUCUUGCUAAAGGUUGAUGGCAAAGUAACAGGAGAGAAGCUAGCAGCUUACACCUAUACACCUGAAGCUAUUUAUGGAGCUUCUCAUUUAUAUAUCUUACCAACUCACAGACUAUUGCAUGGGAAUAGCAGUCUCAAGGAAGUCUUCCAGAGGGAGUUCAUCCCAGGGAAAGACUCGCUCACUUCAGUGACAGCUGUGAAUUUGCUCACCCAUCAAGAGAUUCCUGUAGUCAUCUCAGCAAAACCCAAUUUUGAGAAUUAUCUUGAUACUAAAAUAGGAAUUCCUAGUACUAGUGCAGAAGAUGCUGCAGUUGCUAAGAAUCUGGGCAUUUCUUUUACUGAAGUCAUUGAGACAUUGCCAGGUGGUUUGGAGAAAGUCAUUAAUUCUGCAGAGAUCACAGGCAUGACUCGGCAGGAGGCUCUAAAAGCUAUUACCCAGCAGGCCAGAAAGAAAGGAAUAGGUGGAGACCUAACAAGUGACAAAUUAAGAGACUGGUUAAUAUCUCGACAGCGGUACUGGGGAACACCUAUUCCUAUCAUUCACUGCCAGACAUGUGGUACUGUCCCUGUACCUUAUGAAGACUUACCUGUGGUGUUGCCCAAUGUCACCACCUUCACAGGAAAGGGAGCCUCACCUUUAGAAACAGCUCCAGAAUGGGUGAACUGUUCCUGCCCGAGGUGUAAGGCAGUGGCACGGCGAGAAGUCGACACCAUGGAUACAUUUGUGGAUUCGGCUUGGUACUACCUGAGGUACACAGACCCUCACAACACAGAGAGGCCCUUCAAUAGUGACUUAGCAGACUACUGGAUGCCUGUGGAUUUGUACGUCGGAGGAAAGGAGCAUGCAGUUAUGCACUUAUUCUAUGCAAGGUUUUUAAGCCAUUUUUGCCAUGAUCUAAAGAUGACAAAACACAAGGAGCCUUUCCAUAAGCUCUUGGUUCAAGGUCUUAUCAAGAAUCAGACAUUCAGACUAACAACAACAGGCCAGUGUCUGAAGAGAGAAGAGGUUGAUCUCACUGGAACUGAACCAGUUCACCUAAAAACUGGUGAGAAGCUUCAAGUUGCUUGGGAAAAAAUGAGCAAAUCUAAGCAUAAUGGAAUAGACCCUGAAGAGUUAGUGAAAGAGUAUGGCAUUGACACCCUGCGUCUGUACAUCCUGUUUGCUGCUCCUCCAGAGCAAGAUAUUUUGUGGGAUGCUAAAACUGAUGCUAUGCCAGGCGUUCAGAGAUGGCAAACGCGCCUCUGGACACUUGUAACCAAACUUAUUGAAGCAAGGACAUCAGGAGCCAUGCCAAAUCCUGAGCUUCUGAAAAAGAAAGAGAAGGCUGAAGCCAGAAAGAUCUGGGAGCUGAAGAACCUGGUGAUUUCUGAGGUGACAGAAUACUUCACAAAGGAUCAUUUGUUCAAUGCAGCUAUUUCCCGAUUGAUGAGCCUCACCAACCUACUCCAGCAAGCUUCCCGGCCUCUUCUUCUCCACAGCACAGAAUUUGAAGAUGCUUUGGCUUCACUCUGUAUUAUGGUUGCACCUAUGGCUCCACACAUUGCAUCAGAGAUGUGGAAAGGUUUGGCACACCUGCAGAAUAAACUUUGUACUCAUCACCGCUGGGAUGCUGAUGUGCUGCAUCAGUCUUGGCCCAAAGUAGACCCAGAGUACCUUCAGCCAUCAGAUGUUGUGGAGAUGUCUGUUCUGAUCAAUAACAAAGCUUGUGGCAAAGUUUUUGUGCCUCAGCAAGCAGCCCGCAAUUUUGAAGAAGUCCAUGAGCUGGUUCUUCAGAGUGAACUUGGAGCCAAGCAUCUCCAGGGGCGAACCAUUCAAAAGGCCUUUCUGUCUCCCAGAACUGCCCUUAUCAACUUCUUAGUGCAAGAAUAGCAAAGCCUCUGCUGGGCUGUAAAAGGGACUGGAAUCUUUCGAGGUGAAACCAACUCAAAAAUACCAGUUAUGGUUAUUUAAAUGUCACGUAACAGAGGGGAAGAAAUGCUGUGACAAUAGCUUGCUGUUAAAUCUUCAUUUCAAUGUGGAGAAAUGCGCAGAAUUAAAGUUUCUAAUGGAGUAAUGGUAA